AUAAGCACCUUGGUCUUUGAAGUCAAGGGAAGCAGACUCUUCUAAGAGACAGCCUGCCUUUCCAUUGAUCUCCAAAGACAAGAUUAGCAGAUUCUGCCUGUUAACCAAAGAUUUUAGGAGCCAUUUUAGUACGGCAGCUUUUCCCUUAUCUUAGGAGGACAAAAAUAAACACUUCCUGACCCAGAUCCUGGCUGGCAGACAGAUCAGAGCUGGGUUUACAAGUACAAGCCCUGCUUUUCCUGACCCCGCCCCCCAUUUUUUCCAAAAAUUUUCCCGCCUUCUGCACCCCGAGGCCCGCCUAUAAAACCUCACAAUCCGUGGGCUGACAUUUUCCCUUCCCCAAAGGGAACGUGUCCCUUACUAAAUAAAGCUCUAUCCAGCUGAGAGUUUUAUCUGUCUUGGUGCCGCCUCCUCCUCCAUUCAUUAGUUCUCCAACAACCUUUUACCUAUGGAGGAGCUAGCAAGACCAUGGAAUUCCAUUUUCUGUUUCUUACCUGACUGUUAUUUAUAGAUGUUUCUCAGGUUGCAGAAAAGAUGGAAAAAAGGACAUGCCUCUGCCCAGAAGAUCUUGAGUACAGUGUGCUAUACUUUGCACAAUCAGAGAAUAUAGCUGCUCAUGAAUUGUUUGGCAAAGAGCUGUAUUCAUCAGCACUUGUUGAAUGUGAGGGUCGUAAUCAACUUAAUUCUGAUAGAAAUUUUGAUGUGGAAUCAGUAAAAAAAGAAAUCCAGAGAGGAAGAAGGUUGAAAUGCAAACUUUGCCAUAAAAGAGGAGCCACUGUGGGAUGUGAUUUAAAAUCCUGUAACAAAUCUUACCACUUUUUCUGUGCCAAGGAGGGAAAAGCAUUUCUACAAGUUGAUGGAGCUCAAGGAACUUAUAAGUUGUUAUGCCAACAGCAUGCUCCAAAACUACCAAGUAUCAGUCCAAGUGAUGCCUGUUCAGGAAUGAAAAAAAAGAGAGGAAGGAAGAAACGUCUUCCAUCAGGCAGUCCUGUACAGCCAAAUGAGUCAAAGAUCAGUAGAUUCGAAAGAUCUAUGAGAGAAGAGCCCAUCUGCCACACAGACACAAUUGUGAAAGUUCCUUUUAAGAAAUGUUAGGAAGCAGGACUUCUUAAUGACUUAUUUGAAGGGAUGUUGGGCAAACUUCACUUAAUUCACAGAAGACUCACAGAGGAGACCACUUCAGAAUCAGACUAUGAAGAACUUGGGACUUUACUGUUUGACUGUAGGUUGUUUGAAGACACAUUAAUAGAAUUUCAAGCAGGUGUUAAAAUUCAUGAGUCUGAACAAAGGCAAUGGGAGCUGAAGGAGGAGCUUGAGGAACUUGAGGAAUUAAAACAAAUCUUGUGCUCGUUUCAAGAAAACAGAGACCUCAACUGCUCAAGUUCUACUUCAGUAUCCUUGCUAUCUCCUUAAGGACCACGAGUUCCAAGGAGUCAACUGCCACUGCAAGUAGGCACAGUACACCAGCUUGGGAAUGCGUCGCUCUAGGAUCAGCUCUCACCCACCCCCUCCAGGCCUCAACCUGCUGAAAUACGUAUGUAAAAAGCUGGCAGCUUUUAAGAUGACCUACAGUAGCCCUCAGAUGUCAUAAAUGUAGAUGUAUUGCUGUGCUUGUACCAGAUUUCCCUGUCCUCGUGUUACACUCUGCUUUUCAGAAAUUUUACAGUCACAGUCAUUUACAAGGACAUGUACCAUCUUCAAAAUAAACAUUAAAAUUUAAAACAAGUCCCUAUGAGUAAGACCAUCACUGAGAAUAGAUGAUUCAACUGCACUAUCUUCUAAUGGAAAUAAAGUCUAUGGAUUUCUAUGGGGUGGUGUGUGUAGCUGAGAAGCAGCUGACACAUCCACAGUGGUACCA